AUGAAUUUUUUGGUCAUUAUUUUAAGUUUUAUUUUAAUUUUUGGUAUACAUUCAAAUGACACUGAUGAUACAGGUGGUAUUGAUGUAUUAGAUAUAUUAAAAGAAAAACAAACUUCUUGUGAUCUACAUGAUUUUGUAAUCGGAAAAGAAAAUUCCGAAAAAGAAUAUAUAGCUUUAGUUUAUGAUUUAGCAACAUAUUGUUCCGAAACUGAAUCAACAUCUUUAUCUCGAAUUUUAUGUCGUAUGAUAUUAAUAGAACUUGAAAUUGGAUGUUCAUUACCUAAUAAAUCACGUCCAACACCAGUUAAAUAUAUUAAUUCAUAUACAUCAACACAAAUAUGUUCAAUGAAUAAAAUAAUGUAUACGAAUAGAUGGAUUUGGUUAAAAUUUACUGAGAAAGAAAAAGAAGAAUUGGAUUUUUUUUAUAAAAUUGCACCACGUAUUAGACGUGUUGAAGCUUCGAACACUAAUUUAACUGCAAAUAAAUCAGAAAUAACAAAUCUUAAAAAUAUAAAAAAAGAUUCAGUAGAUGCCGAACAACCGGUAGCAGAUAAACCAGAUGAAAAUAAGGAACCAGUAGAAAUCGAUUCAAAAAAGAAAGAAUCAAGAUCAAAUAUUAGACAAAGACAAAAUGAAAAAAGAAAACAACUCAUAGAUAAUGAUGAUUAUGAUGAUGACGAUAAUGCAGCAGAUGUUAAAAAGAAUAAAGAUACUAAGAACAAAGAAGACGAUGGUAAAGAAAUCAAAUCAUCCGAUGAAGUAAAAGACAGAAAAGACGAUACUCGAGUGAAACGAGAAAAGGAAGAAGUUAAGGAACGAAGAAAACCACAAGCUCCUGAUGGUGAAACUGGUUUUCAACUAAAUGAACGUGAAAAAGAAUGGGUUGGAGGAAAAAAAGAUGAUAAUCAACCAAAUUGGAGUUUAAAAAAAAAGAAUCGAAUUGAUUCGGAUGAUAAAUCAUCACAUACAUUUUCAAAACGAAGGAGAAUUUCACUUAGAUCAAAAUCAAAUGAUGAUCAUGAUGAUGUUAAUUCUGAUGAGAAGACAAGCAAUUUUACAACAUAUUUUCUUAUUUUUACUUUACUCAUUGUUGCCACUUAUUUCAUAUUACAAUAUAAAAAUAAAGCAAUAGGUAUAAUAAUCGAAGGAUGUAAACAAAGACGUGGAGUAUAUGGACGUCGUGCUGGUGGAAGUGGUACUUGA